AAUCCCUCUUUUCCCCAGGGACAGCAAGCCUUCCCUGGUCCAUCCCUCCCUCUUGUUUGGUAAUCAUUUCAUUUUACUCCUUUUUGAAGCAGUCGCCCGUUUUAUCCCACUUUUCAUUUCACAAUCCCGUGCGCGUCUGUUCGCCUUCUUCUUCAGAGCAAGUUCGCGUUCUCCCCUCUUUCUCCCCGCGACGAGAAGGUCUGCUUGAUCCCGGCUGAUCGUUUCCUUUGAGAUGCUCCACAGCUAUUGCCUUCUCUCCACCCUCUUUUAACUAGAGACCUGUUAAUCUUGAGUGAACUGAAUUUGGGGUUGGAAUCUAAAAGAAAGAGGAACACCCAAAGGGAUACGGCAGCGCGUCUUUGGAUAAGGACCUCUUUCCCCUUGUUGCACUUUGGGGAAGAUUUUUUCCCUUUCAGUUGGUUUUUGUUAAUCCAGGUGGUGCAGGAGGAUUAUUCCACUCGAGCUGGUGUAGAGAGACAUCCCCCAGAAGGCAAUUUUCAUGUUCUCCAUCCAGGACGGUCUCCCACGGGGAGCCUUGACCAUGAAAGAAGAGCCCCUUACGAGUGGCAUGACGCCGGUGCGCUCUUGGAUGCAGAGCGCGGGGAUACUGGAUGCCAACACAGCCGCGCAAAGUGGUGUGGGUUUGGCAAGAGCCCAUUAUGAGAAACAGCCUCCCUCGAACCUGCGCAAGUCAAACUUCUUUCACUUCGUUCUGGCUCUGUAUGACCGGCAGGGACAGCCCGUCGAGAUCGAGAGAACCUCCUACGUGGACUUUGUGGAAAAAGACAAAGAAUACAAUGGCGAGAAGACCAACAAUGGCAUCCACUACAGGUUACAGCUUCUCUACAGCAACGGUAUCAGGACAGAACAGGAUCUGUUUGUUCGAUUAAUAGACUCCAUGACUAAACAGCCAAUCCUUUAUGAAGGCCAAGACAAAAACCCAGAGAUGUGUCGUGUUCUCCUCACCCAUGAGAUCAUGUGCAGCCGGUGUUGUGACAAGAAGAGCUGCGGGAACCGAAAUGAGACGCCAUCUGAUCCUGUCAUCAUCGACAGAUUUUUCCUGAAAUUCUUUCUCAAGUGUAAUCAGAACUGUUUGAAAAAUGCAGGGAAUCCCAGAGACAUGAGGCGAUUUCAGGUGGUGGUGUCCACCACAGUGAAUGUGGACGGCCAUGUCCUGGCUGUGUCAGAUAACAUGUUCGUCCACAACAACUCCAAACAUGGGCGGAGGGCACGACGCCUGGACCCUUCUGAAGCAGCCACUCCAUGCAUUAAGGCCAUCAGUCCCAGUGAAGGAUGGACGACUGGAGGGGCCACCGUCAUCAUCAUUGGGGACAACUUCUUCGACGGUUUACAAGUGGUCUUCGGCACAAUGCUAGUUUGGAGUGAACUCAUCACACCUCACGCUAUCCGGGUGCAGACGCCCCCUAGACACAUCCCUGGGGUCGUGGAGGUCACACUCUCCUACAAGUCCAAGCAGUUCUGCAAAGGAGCUCCGGGACGUUUCGUCUACACAGCUCUGAAUGAACCCACCAUAGACUACGGCUUCCAGAGGCUACAAAAGGUCAUCCCUCGUCACCCUGGAGACCCGGAGAGGUUACCUAAGGAGGUUCUUCUGAAAAGAGCUGCAGACCUGGUGGAGGCGCUGUAUGGAAUGCCUCAUAACAAUCAGGCCUUUCUGGUUGUCGCCAGCGCAGGUUACUCUCGUAACUCGAACAGCGUGUCUCCUCGCGGGUACGUGCCGAGCUCCACACCCCAGCAGUCCAACUACAACACCAUCACCUCCAGCAUGAAUGGAUACGGAGCCGCAGGGAUGACCAACCUGGGCGUCCCUGGAUCCCCGAGUUUCCUCAACGGAUCCGCCGCCAACUCUCCUUACGCAAGUUACUCUCGUAACUCGAACAGCGUGUCUCCUCGCGGGUACGUGCCGAGCUCCACACCCCAGCAGUCCAACUACAACACCAUCACCUCCAGCAUGAAUGGAUACGGAGCCGCAGGGAUGACCAACCUGGGCGUCCCUGGAUCCCCGAGUUUCCUCAACGGAUCCGCCGCCAACUCUCCUUACGCAAUCAAACAGAAGAGCGCCUUCGCGCCUGUCGUCCGGCCACAGACCUCCCCGCCCCCCACCUGCACCAGCACCAAUGGGAGCAGUCUACAGGCUAUGGCCGGUCUGAUUGUCCCUCCCAUGUGAAGAGGAACCUGAUCUUCCUCUAAGGCUUCAUUGAGCCCUCAACAAACUCACUGGCUCACCAAAUCUGUCUGACACUCUCUUAUCGAACAUCACCAGUCCUACGAGGAGCUGCGCGAAAAGAACAUCUACACCUGGAUCGCUAAAAGAAAAAAAAAUGAAAAGUGUACCUGGCCUGAAAAUGUCCCAUGUCCUGAAAUGUCAAUAGAUGUGUUUGUUUUGCCCUCUAUGACUUCAUCCUUGGAGACUCGCCAUACCGGGUGGCAUUUCGAACAGGAAGCAUAAAAGCUGGAUAUUAUCGCAAUGUGAACGAGAAGCCGAGGUUUUGAUACGUCCACGGCUGUAGGGGCUUCUUUGCAUGGCUGAUGUUGUCUGUAGACUGUCCAUUUCAUACUGUAUGUCUGUCCUGUUUCCACUGUGAGAAGAGAGAUGCCACUCAUCCAGAUGGGACUGCGACGGCUCAAAAUGCCAUUCGGAAACAAUUCAUUCCUAAUUACGAAAUGCAGUGUCUUUGGUUUUCAACAUCAAGCUGAUUUAAUUUUCUUUCGCUUUUGUUUUAAACCAUCAAAUGAGAACACAAACAAACACGAAAUGAUCCUAGACUGAAGAGCGUGAUAUUUAGUAAUCAUCAGGAUGAUGAUGGAUGUCAGUAAUUUUUACUCAUACUGUUUCUGUAGUUCCAGUAUAAUUCCAGGUGUGUGGAUAGGUAGAUUUAAGCCAGGAAUGCUUUCUGCAGUUUUAAUCACAUUUAGGUACCAGACUUGUUGUUGAACUUCUUAUUGUGCUUUUUUGUAUGUAUUUAUAAAGUUUGUUUCGGGAUUUCUUUGGUGAGUUAGGCCUGAAUAAUAGUAUCAAAUAUCUAUGUCAACACAUUUGAUGUCUUAAUACCUUUUAGAUAUUGUAAAAAGAGUGAAAAAUAAAAGGGAUUACACUUUCUUUCUUUUUUUUGUAAAAACAAAAA